AUGGGUAAAUGGGCAAUUUGUGUUCAUGGUGGUGCGGGUCUAGAUCCAAAUCUUCCCUUGCAUAGACAAGAAAAUUUGAAAUCAUUUAAAACCAAACGUCUUCAUGCACAUUGUCUAAAUCUUGGCAUUUCUUCUCUUCGUUCUGGUCUACCCGCCAUUGAUGUCGUUGAACUCGUUGUUAGAGAAUUGGAAGCGGAUUCAUUGUUUAAUUCGGGUCGUGGAUCCGCAUUAUCCGAGAAAGGGACGGUAGAAAUGGAAGCAAGUAUAAUGGAUGGGACAAAUAGAAGACAUGGAGCAGUAUCCGUAUCCACAGUGAAGUAUCCAGUUUCACUUGCCCGUCUUGUUGUGGACAAACCUCCGCAUUCCUAUCUAGCCUUCUCUGGUGCUGAGGAAUUCGCCCAUCAACGGGGUGUAGAGAUAAUGGAGACCGAAAAUUUCAUCACUGAGGAAAACAUAGGAAUAUUUAAGCAAGCUAAAGAAGCAAAUGCUAUCAUGUUUGACUAUAGAAUACCAACUACAAGUAAAGAAACCGUUGCAGCAGAGGUAGACAAUGCAAUGCUCAUGAAUGGUGUACCAAUAAACCUAUAUGCACCCGAAACAGUCGGGUGCGUAGUAGUCGACACUGAGGGGCGAUGCACAGCCGCAACAUCGACCGGUGGUUUAAUAAACAAAAAUAGUGGCAGAAUAGGAGACUCACCCAUCAUUGGAUCAGGAACAUAUGCCUGUAAAGUGUGUGCAGUUUCAUGUACCGGUGAAGGAGAGGCGAUCUUCCGAUCGACAUUAGCUCGAGAUGUGGCUGCAGUGAUGGAGUAUAAAGGGUUGAAUCUGCAAGAAGAUGUAGAUUUUGUGAUUAAGGAAAGGCUUGAUGAUGAGGGUCAAGCAGGAGUUAUUGAUGUUGGUUCUAAUGGGGAUGUGGCUUAUGGGUUUAAUGCUAAUGGUAUGUUUAGAGGUUGUGCAACUCAAGAUGGAUUUAUGGAAGUUGGUAUUUGA